UUGAAUUAUUAUUAUUAGCAGCAGAACGUGAAUAGAACACUAACAUUUCUACACAGGAGUUUCCGACUUAAAAUAUUAAGCUUCGACAAGAGGAGAAUUGUAAUGCAGCAUGACUCCCAGGUUAUUCAUAGACGGGGUUAUCGAAUCCUCCUUCGACUUUUUGUUCUCGUGAGCUCAUGUUCCGUACGUCACCAGGAAGCGCCGUCUGUAUACUUUAUUGAAGUUUUCUCGCAAAUGGAGUCGACAGUGAGAAAUCAGUUCAAGUGCCUACAAUAGCUACGUUUUUUAAUGUUUUAAUAAGUGAAACAAGCCUCUUCUCCAUAAAAGCCAUUUGAGAUGGAUGACAUCAACCUACACUACAGGUUCCUUAACUGGAGACGAAGAAUCCGAGAGAUUCGUGAGGUCCGAGCUGUGCGCGUUCAGGAGCGAUAUAAACGCAUUCUUAAAGAUGGGGACACACUCAGUUAUCAUGGGAACUCAGAUGAAGUUGGCUGCUAUGUGGCUCCUAGACCAUUAUCAAAAGGAAACUGUUAUUUUGAGGUGACCAUCAUGGACACCGGCGUGAGAGGCACGAUUGCAGUUGGCCUUGUUCCUCAGUUCUACAAGCUUGACCACCAGCCUGGCUGGCUCCCACAUUCUGUCGCAUACCACGCAGAUGAUGGCAAGCUGUACAAUGGAAACCCUGUAGGACAGCAGUUUGGUCCAAAGUGUAACCGUGGAGACCGUAUUGGCUGUGGGAUUUACGCUGAUACUUUAGACGCUGGCCUAACGACUGUUUUCUUUACUAAGAAUGGGAAAGAGCAGGUGGGUUCGGUGGUGGUGCCAGUGGCACCGGACGGACUCUUCCCUGCCGUCGGCAUGCACUCCCUGGGAGAGGAGGUGCGACUGGACCUGCAGGCGGAGUGGGGCCAGGAGGAGGAUGACAGUGUGAUGAUGGUGGACAGCCAUGAGGAUGAGUGGGGUCGCCUCUAUGACGUGCGAGCCAGCGGAACGCUCCUGGAGUAUGUAGGGAAAGGGAAGAGCAUCAUGGAUGUGGGAUUGGCCCAAGCCCGGCAACCUCUCACCACACGUAGUCACUAUUUUGAGGUGGAAAUUGUGGAUGCAGGCGAGAAAUGCUAUAUCGCACUGGGACUGGCACGCAGAGACUACCCCAAGAACAGGCACCCUGGUUGGAGUCGAGGAUCAGUGGCAUACCAUGCAGAUGAUGGCAAGAUCUUUCAUGGAAGUGGGGUAGGGGACCCUUUUGGCCCACGCUGUUUCGAGGGGGACAUCAUGGGCUGUGGAAUCAUGUUCCCACGAGACUACAUCUUCGACUGGGAGGAUGAACUAGACGAGUGGGAGGCACAGGACGUUCGACCCAAGCAGGGCCGCGUACAGAACUUGGUGUACUUGAAUGAUGAAGAAGACGAGGAUGAUGGUGAAGACCCCGAGCAGGAUCAGGAGGGCAGGAAGGUCAUGGUGUUCUUCACCCGCAACGGCAAGAUCAUUGGGCGGCGGGAGGUGGUGGUGCCCGCGGGCGGCUUCUACCCCACCAUCGGCAUGCUGAGCAGCGGAGAGAAGGUCAAGGUGGACCUGCACCCCCUCAGCGGUUGAGCAGGAGUGGGAGGAUGCGCUAGGAAGAAAAAGGAGGGAGAAAAAAAGGAUCCACAUAUCAAGCUAUCAGUUUAAAUGUAUGCUUUGACCAGUUCACCAUCGCAGUCAUCACGAUUAUAUAUAACUACAGCAAUGCAAAAGAGGUGCUUGGGUUUGGUGAGCUCAGCAAAAAUGAACAGGAUUUAUUGGUACUGGUCAUACACUUUUUCUUUUCUUUCUCACUAUCUUCAUUCUUAAACGAACCUCUCGCCUGACGUUAUAUUGGCCAGCAAGUGUGCGCGUCUCAACCAGGAGACAACCGCCACGGAAGGUCCUGAGUGAGAUCCUGUCCGUUAUUACUCCACAGUCGGAAGAGGCUCUUUACGCUCAGGUACAGGGCCUCUGGCCAGGUGUACUCGCAUCAUGACUCUCGGUCCAGCCUUUCCUCAGCCUGUGGCCAAAGCGUGCUGAUAAUCAGGUGACUGGAUUCAGGUCCGAAAACACACAAUCUACAUCAUAUCAGGCUGGGCCGCACUUAAGACUUCGAUCUGAUUUUCCUUACAAAAAAAAAAAUAUUUAACUAAUUCAGGAAAAAAAAAAAAAAAUACAAAAAUAGAUAAAUAUAGUUAAUGUAAAGAUUCCUAUAUUUUUAUGAAUGUGUGUCAUUUCCGUAUGUAACUCCAUCUAUGCCAAACUCUGUGUCACAUAAUGCAGUUGAAAGCUCGUACUGUCACAUUAAUUGGUAUGUCCCCACUUUUAAAUCACACUGUGGGGUGGGUGGGGGGGGGGGGCGGGGCAUGGGCUGACAUGGUCAGCAGCAUCAAGCACUUUCUAUCCAACACUCCCACUUAAUAUUCAUCACAUUCACCUUGUCUUUUUCCCUUCACUGUUGAAUGUCCUUAGUAAGUCAAGUGCCACUCAUAAGUUGAGACAGCUCCGUAGGAAUGUUGAUGACUGUUAUGAAUAAAAGGGAUGAUGUGAAGCUCACCACAGGCAUGUAGGACAAGCUGUGUUUUUUUUUCAUGACUGCUGUUUGUUCUGUCCUCAUCAUCCAUCAUCCAGGAAAGGGCCCCUCAGCAGCCUUCAGUCGGGGAGCUGGAGGAGGCCCCGCUAAGGCAGAUAUGAACUUAAAAACACUGUGGGGUGAUAUGAGCGCUUGGGAUUUAACAGAAUCCCAAGGACAAAAAUGUUCAAACAUAAGAUGUUGAUUCAGCCAUUUUGAAAUUUCCAUUAGACCUCUAGUUUUUCCUGUCAAUCAUUAGUCAUAGUUCUGUUCAUGUUUUCUUCACAACAAAUCACAUUAUAUAACAUAAUAAAGACACAGGGGUAUCACUGGGGUCGUGUCUUGCAAGACAAUGACAUUGUGCUUUUAUAGACACUGUCUGCUGCAUUGCGAAGGCCCCACUCACUGUUGUCCUGAGCACUUUAAAGCAGUCCGCCAACUGAAACACCAGAAACCAGAAGCCAUUUUGCACACCUCAAGUGAGCUCAAACUGUAGAAUCUGUCAGUAUGUGUUGUCUAAUGUGCUUUUUUUGAUGUCUCCAUGUACAAUGAAAAUGAAAAUAUUAUGUAUUUUGUAUCUGCUGUCUAGCAAAUAACCUAAGAUCAAUGCCAAAUUUGUUUCCAUAUUCCCCUCUCCCCACACCUUAGAAAGGGAAUUCUUGAAUGGUUUGAUGGAUUUUAUGAAAUUGUAGAUUUGCUCUCUAUAUGUGCCUCACUUCACUGUUCACAAUGAAAUGUCAUUAUUUAAUAUAGUUACUCUGAAAACCACUCUUCACUUCAUAUCGUAAAGCAGGCAAUAGAUAAAAGAUUGUUCUGAUGUGUUACUGGGGGGGUAGGGGAGGUGAUUGAUUAUCCUGGGUGAUUUCUGUUACACACUGAUUGCAUAUUUAUCAUCGAGCAAUCCAAAAUGCAACAGAUGCGUUCCAGUUUUGAGAUUACCCCCACACCCCAAAAAAGUGUACUAUUCCAAAAAAAAAGUCUUAAAUUGUAUUGAAAUUAUAAGCAUUUAAUACAUCUGUGUCAGGCCAUCUCUAUUUUGGGUUCCAUGUGUUCAUCAUUUCAUGGUCAGAAUUGCUUUUUUUUUUCUUUUUUUUUUCAGCUGAUGAGGAGCAUCAGGGGUGUGUUACCUCAGUGCAUCCAGGCACAGGCUCUAUUCUGUGUGAAAUGCUGAAUGAUGAUUGAGUGAUUGUCAGCCUCAAAUACUGUCAAUGUUAGCAUCUUGCCCAACUGUAGCAUGCACGGUUUUGCUAAUUGUAUAUAUUAUCAUUAAUAAAGAUGGUUAUUUCCAUA